UGUAGUCAUAUAGGGUUAGACUGAAUUACUGUAGUCAUAUAGGGUUAGACUGAAUUACUGUAGUCAUAUAGGGUUAGACUGAAUUACUGUAGUCAUAUAGGGUUAGACUGAAUUACUGUAGUCAUAUAGGGUUAGGGUUAGACUGAAUUACUGUAGUCAUAUAGAGUUAGGGUUAGACUGAAUUACUGUAGUCAUAUAGGGUUAGAAUGAAUUACUGUAGUCAUAUAGGGUUAGACUGAAUUACUGUAGUCAUAUAGGGUUAGACUGAAUUACUGUAGUCAUAUAGGGUUAGACUGAAUUACUGUAGUCAUAUAGGGUUAGACUGAAUUACUGUAGUCAUAUAGGGUUAGACUGAAUUACUGUAGUCAUAUAGGGUUAGGGUUAGACUGAAUUACUGUAGUCAUAUAGAGUUAGGGUUAGACUGAAUUACUGUAGUCAUAUAGGGUUAGAAUGAAUUACUGUAGUCAUAUAGGGUUAGACUGAAUUACUGUAGUCAUAUAGGGUUAGACUGAAUUACUGUAGUCAUAUAGGGUUAGACUGAAUUACUGUAGUCAUAUAGGGUUAGGGUUAGACUGAAUUACUGUAGUCAUAUAGAGUUAGGGUUAGACUGAAUUACUGUAGUCAUAUAGGGUUAGAAUGAAUUACUGUAGUCAUAUAGGGUUAGACUGAAUUACUGUAGUCCUGACAGUAAUAGAUAAUAACUCAUAGUCCUGACAGUAAUAGAUAAUAACUCAUAGUCCUGACAGUAAUAGAUAAUAACUCAUAGUCCUGACAGUAAUAGAUAAUAACUCAUAGUCCUGACAGUAAUAGAUAAUAACUCAUAGUCCUGACAGUAAUAGAUAAUAACUCAUAGUCCUGACAGUAAUAGAUAAUAACUCAUAGUCCUGAUGUCUAAGGUGAAGAGUAGUGAGACGGUGAAGGUAGUAAUCCGCUGUCGCCCGUUAAACCGGAAUGAGGAGGCGUCAGCGGCUGGUGUUACCCGGACAACGGGAGGAGUGGGCGGGAUCGUAGAAAUGGACAUGCGUCUGGGUCAGGUGGUCUUAUGGAACCCUCAGGGUCCGCCCGGCGAGCCGCGUAAGACGUUUACAUUCGACUCUGUGUACGACCCCUCGUCUAAACAGCGUGAUCUUUAUGAUGAGACGGUGCGGCCGCUGAUCGAUUCCGUCCUAGACGGGUUUAACGGAACCAUCUUCGCCUACGGCCAAACGGGUACCGGGAAGACCUACACCAUGCAGGGGGUGUGGCUAGAGCCAGAGAGGCGGGGCGUCAUCCCCAACGCCUUCGAACACGUCUUCACCCAGAUCUCCCGCUCCCCCGCCGACCGCCAGUACCUGGUCAGAGCCUCUUACCUUGAGAUCUACCGAGAGGAGAUCAGGGAUCUACUGGAUCCUAACGUGCACGCCCCUCAUGUCCCCAACGUGCACACUCACACCCACCGCACCCUGGAGCUGAGAGAGAGCCCGGAGAGCGGGGUGUAUGUGCGUGACCUGACGUCGUGCGUGUGUAAGAGCGUGAAGGAGAUACAGGAGCUGAUGAACUUAGGGAACCAGGUGCGCUCGGUGGGAGCGACAGACAUGAACGAACACUCUUCCCGUUCCCACACCCUGUUCCUCAUCACGGUGGAGUGUUCCUUGCCGGGGCCAGAUGGACGGCAGCACAUCAGGGUGGGCCGGCUCAACCUGGUUGACCUGGCGGGCAGCGAGCGGCAGGCCAAGACGGGCGUCCACGGAGAACGCCUGAAAGAAGCUGCCAAGAUCAACCUGUCUCUGUCAGCGCUAGGCAACGUGAUCUCAGCACUGGCAGAUGGGCGUAGCGGCCACGUUCCGUACCGGGACUCUAAACUGACCCGGUUAUUACAGGACUCCCUGGGGGGCAACGCCAAGACGGUGAUGGUGGCUACGCUAGGCCCCGCCCCCCAACACUACGAGGAGACCCUCACGACGCUUCGCUAUGCUAACAGAGCUAAAAACAUCCAGAACCAGCCAAGAGUUAACGAAGACCCUAAAGACGCCCUGCUCAGAGAGUUCCAGAAGGAGAUCGCAUGGCUCCGCGCACAGCUCAGCCACAGGGAAGGGAGGGGCAAACACAGGAAGGAGGAAGGGGAGGAGGGCUGGGACGGAGAAGGGGAUGAGGAGGGAGAAGAGGAGGUGGAGAAGGAGAGGACGCUGCAGGAGGGGAGGCUUGAAGAGGAGAAGGAGGCCAUCAGAGAAGACGGAUCACUAUUGGCUGAAGAGAAGCAGAGGCUUUUGGGAGAGAAGGAGAGGAUGAUGGGAGAUCUGAAGAAGGAGUGGGACGCCACCGAGCAACUCACUGCCAAGUACAAGGCGAUGGAGAGCAAGCUGCUAGUUGGAGGGAAGAACAUCAUGGAUCACACCAACGAACAGCAGAAGACCCUGGAGAUACGCAGACAAGAGAUCGCUGAGCAGAGUCGUAGAGAGAGGGAGAUUCAGCAGCAGGUGAUGGUUCAGGAUGAAGAGACUCUAGAACUCAAAGAAACAUUCUCCUCCCUGCAACAGGAGGUGGAGGCCAAGACCAAGAAACUAAAAAAGCUCUAUGCUAAGCUGCAGUGUGUGAAGGCUGAGAUCCAGGAUGUUAAUGAUGAGCACGUCAGGAGUCGACAGGAGCUGGAGCAGACGCAGAACCAACUCACCAGAGAACUCAAGUUCAAGUAUCUGAUCAUAGAGAACUUCAUUCCUCUGGAGGAGAAGAAUAAAAUCAUGAACAGACUGACCUUUGACCCUGAGGAGGACCAGUGGAAGUUCACACCCCUCGUCCUUGCAGAGAGGUCAGG